CGUUUGUGUUUAUUGUCAAGCUAAAAGUACGUAAGGGAACUUGGUAGAGUGUUUCUCAGUUGUCAAGACGAGAACAAAAUGUACCUGCUGCAGUUUCUUGUGCUCAGUUGGGCGAAUGCAGAACCAAGACUUGGAAUUGAUUUUCAUCAAGGCGAUGAAGAGGAUCAGAACAAGACCAAGACACCGUGUACAACCAACGUGCCGUUAAGGGAGGAGGGAUGUGAGGAGAGGGUAUGUGCAGAUGGUUUUCUGACCGGUAUGCUGGUAGAGAGAGUGUCAUUCGACUGCUGCCAACAGGUUGAUUACUCCGUGGAUUGUUAUGAGGAAUUUCCAGAGUUGUUCCCGGAUUACCUUGACGACGAGGACAAGAAGAAGGAGGAUGACAAGGUGGGAGGUGUCCCCCAGGAGUGCAGUUCCUACACCCCCUUCCCCGAUGGCAUCAGGAGACGCUGGGACUACCCGCUAGACCAGGGGGAAGCUGUCGUACCGGACUACUUCCUCAGCAACGCCGACAACGUCUGGUACGGUGCAGUCGGCGUGGCGCUGUGGACGCAGCCCCCAGGCUUGGGCUUCUGCGGCGGCGUGUUUCCAGUCUGGAUGAGAGGAAUUCCUCCUAAGAAAGGGGAAAGUGGGAGUGUUGAGGUGUGUGUCCAGACAAGGGACUCAGACUGUUCCCAGACCUGGAUUGUCAAGGCUACCAACUGUGUCACCUACAUCAUCUAUAAACUGGUCAAGGCUCCCGUCCAAGACGCAGUGUACUGUACAGGUAAACCAAACUGUGUCACGUACACCAUCUAUAAACUGGUCAAGGCUCCCGUCCAAGACGCAGUGUACUGUACAGGUAAACCCAACUGUGUCACGUACACCAUCUAUAGACUGGUCAAAGCUCCCGUCCAAGACGCAGUGUACUGUACAGGUAAACCUAACUGUGUCACGUACACCAUCUAUAGACUGGUCAAAGCUCCCGUCCAAGACGCAGUGUACUGUACAGGUAAACCCAACUGUGUCACGUACACCAUCUAUAGACUGGUCAAAGCUCCCGUCCAAGACGCAGUGUACUGUACAGGUAAACCUAACUGUGUCACGUACACCAUCAAUAGACUGGUCAAAGCUCCCGUCCAAGACGCAGUGUACUGUACAGGUAAACCAAACUGUGUCACGUACACCAACUAUAGAUUGGUCAAGGCUCCCGUCCAAGACGCAGUGUACUGUACAGGUAAACCAAACUGUGUCACGUACACCAUCUAUAAACUGGUCAAAGCUCCCGUCCAAGACGCAGUGUACUGUACAGGUAAACCAAACUGUGUCACGUACACCAUCUAUAAACUGGUCAAAGCUCCCGUCCAAGACGCAGUGUACUGUACAGGUAAACCAAACUGUGUCACGUACACCAUCUAUAGACUGGUCAAAGCUCCCGUCCAAGACGCAGUGUACUGUACAGGCCCUGAUGAUCCAGGAGUCCGCAGCUCUGUAACUUUACAGCAACCGAUUAUCACUAUCGACGUGGUCCGACUCCAGCAGACCAGCCACUUCAUAUUCUACUGCGACAUCGACAACAUCGACCCCUUCUACUUCUACCAGACGUUGUGGUACGGGAACAACAGCCGCCUCCACACAUUUGAUACGCUGCAGCCUAUGUCUGACUUCAGACAGGUCACCGCCCUCACGGAGGACAUGCUGGUGAAGAAAGGAAUCACACACAUUGGAUUUACUGUGAAGUGUGACAUCAGGGUAAGGAAGACGAAGCAGGGACCUGCUAUUACUACCAUAGGGAGUGAAUGGAAACUUGCAGGAGUAAAGCCAGCAACAUGGAACUUAACCCUGUCGGAGGCAGAGACGAAGGUUCUUCAUCUGGACGUCACCGCACCUGUAGAUUGUGGGGCUUCAAGUCAGUGUGGACUGCAUGUCCUGGUGGAGACUAAAGCGACACCUACUUGCGGACCUCCGGCAUUGGUGGAGAAGGGCUGUGACGUUUGGCUGACAGCUGGAGAGGGUGGGGAUCUCAGCAUCAGGGGAGGUGAACUGCACGGAGCUGGUAUCAGUCAAGGGCUUACCAGGUUAACCCUGAGAACCGCGGCCAAUCAUCACAUGGCAUUCUGGAGAUCCGUGGUUGUAGGUGAAAUAGUGGUAACGGUUGCAAAGAAUCAGACAGUCACAGACAAGAAGGUGUGCAUGGUCACUGCCCACUCGCACAUGGUCACAUUCGAUGGAAGACACUACGAGCAUCAUUCUGAAGGAGUAUUCACAUUGUAUGGCAACCGGCUAGUCCACACCGAGGUACAAGUGCAGUUCACCAAGUGCAGAGACACCGACGCAGCCUUCUGCCCAUGCGCACUUGCCAUUCGUGCUGGACAAACUGUGUUCCGUCUUGAUGGCUGCCGUGGAGGUCCCUGGAGGAUCCAACACGCAUUCCGUGACUCACAUGGGGAUUUAGUCGAAGUGAAGAGGAAGGGUAGCAUGUAUAUAGUCCGUCUUCCAACUGACACCUACCUGCACGUGAGCAUACACCACCACCUGCUGUCGGUGUGGAUGUUCCCGGUACAGAGCGACAUCCGCAACAGCGGUGGGUUGUGUGGGGUGCUGUCGGGUGAUUGUGCGGACGACUUCAAACACAGGGACGGAAGCUAUAACCCAUCAUCAGAUGCGAGGGUACCCUGCCAAGGGAGCAACAGAAGAAAUACUUUUCCGGCGUUCACAGAUUCGUGGAGGGUUUCUGAAAACGAAAAUCUCUUUCUGGAAACAAGCCUGGAACAUUUACAACCGUGGGGAAACACUAGCAGCCUACAUUGCCACUGUACAAGCGCAACCCCUCAACACGCCCCCGCAUGCACUGCCUCCACCUCCAGUUUCUGUGAACAUGGUCGACGAUGGAUGGACCAGUUUACUGCUGUGCUGGAGCCUGUGCAGUGUCCGGGGUUGGAGAGGGAGCACCAUACCAGGGUGGCAUACACCGGCGAAGGGCAACAGAUAGCCAGUGGUCAAGCACAGACAAUAACACGGAAUGAAGGUGAGGCUAUGGCGUUGUGUGAGACCCUCUUCCACAGAUUGCUGAAGGCGUGCAUUGUUUUACCUGGCUCAGGGAUCCAGGACAGCCUGGACAACUGUGUAUUUGAUCUCCAGCAAACGAACACCAGUGAUAUUGUCAAACAGUCAAUGGAGGCAGCGAAGAUCAGUUGCGUAUACGCCCUUGUUAUGAACACUGUAUUGGACGAGCAGCGAUCUGACGAAGAAAGGAGAGUGUAUGAAAAGGUCAUGGCAGUUACGUGUCCUUUUGACUGCAACGGGCGAGGUGAAUGUAAGAAUGGUUCCUGUGCAUGUAACAGCGACUAUGGUGGCAACGAUUGUUCUGUACUGAGGUCAUCUGCUCCAAGGACAUUUGGCUUUAGAAACAAUGGUUUGUGUGACGUCAAAAAGUGCACAUGUUCUGAGACGUCAGUAUUGGCUGAGAACGUCAUCGAAUCGGACGACACGGUGUGCCGGAUACAGCACUUUACGGUCGACCUGCAGGGGCUGGAGACCAGGGUCAGUACCACCGUGGCGAGAGCCCGAGUUGCUAGUGUCAGUGAAGUAGUGUGUAGCCUGCCCACCCAGCGUCGAACUCAGUCCAUCGCAGAUGUUGUGAACGGGUACCGUGUUGCCAUAUCCAACGACGGGAUAACUUUUAGUGAGCACAGCACCUUGAUCGUCUAUAACUCCGAGUGCCAGGCGUGCAGCGUUGAUUCGGACAGCGUCACAUGCAACUUUACGACACCUUCUUGUGUAGCUGACGGGGUUUGUGUGUCACGAGGUCAGCUCCAUCCGGGAGACAACUGCCAUAUUUGUGACGUCACACAUCCGGGAUCCUGGACACGGCUUAGUAAUGGCACGUGCGGUGGAUCUGGCGAGGACAUUUCGGCUGAAUGGAUCACAGCAGGAUCUAUUACCAUGGUGACGGUAGUAUUUGCUGCGACUUGCAUUGCGCUGUGCUUAACAUUAGGGAAGAAAAGGGUCGGGAAAUCUGUCCCACCUAGUGUCCCUUACAACCUGGGAUGGAACGGACCUUCACGGAUAGAGAUCAUACCCUUGGAACGUACACAACCAGGGGUUUGAUGAAACAGAAGCUUUCGGCACCUGUACGUUAUUUCCACCAUGACGUCAUUGUGUGUGACGACACUUGUCAUUACUGGACAAACUUUGUCAUGGUGUCAAUCUAUAAUGAAUUUCUGUGAACAACAAAACCAUCAGUGCUGCUGAAUAUUGCAUUAUGAAAGUAUAGGUUGUAACUGAGCGUGUAGAACCAUAUGCUUACUGCACAUUAUCUUCAUGUAGUUAUCUCCACCUUCACAAUAUGUUGGGUGUACAGUAUAGUUCCCAACCACAUUGGAUGAAGAUGAAUUAAACGAACUCGAAAUAAAAGCGACAAAACC